UCCGAGAAUAACAAGGGGUAACCCACACCCAUGUUUCUGACUUGUCUGACAGCCACAUAAAUACGUGACGCCUUAGAUUUUGCUUCGCAUAGUGACCAGAGCCGUACAACUGAGAAUCCAGCAACUGAAGUGUUAAGGUGAAAAUAUGCCGUUCGAGUCAGGAAUGGAAAUGAAAGUCAAAGGGGUCCCCAAAUCCAAUCCGAUUCGUUUCACGAUCGACCUGGGCCACUCCGAGGACGUGAUUGCGCUGCACUUUGACUUCCGCUUCAACUAUUUUGGGGAGGAACGUACCAUUGUCUUAAACUCCUUCGAGUAUGGCUGCUGGAAAGAAGAGCAGAGAGAAAGAAACUUCCCCUUUGUGGCAGGGCAGGAGUUUGAGAUGAACAUUUCCUUCACCAACGACUAUUUUUACAUUCACCUACAUAAUGGAAAAAUGAUCAUUUUCCCCAACCGUCUGGGUGACAACAACUACAAAUACCUGUCAAUGCAUGGAGAUGUCAUGGUCAACAGCAUACAAGUAAAAUAAUGACCAACCAGGAGGGGCCAGAUAUCCACUUUCUGGCAGCUGAUUGGCCGCUCUGCUUUCUGUUUCCUUCAAACUGCAAACUGGCGAUGCAGCCAUGCUAAGAUUGCACUUUGCACUUGGUCUGCCCCUCCCAAACUUCAGUGCCUUUAAUCUUGUGCUUCUCUGCAACAUUGCUCUGGUGUCUGUACAAACUCACUGAGUAUGAGAAUCAUUCCAGCUUUGACAAUAAAUCGCUAGCUUGUCAUGGAA